UGUUGGCGGCAGCACAGUGCAUCAAACCGGGCCCAAGCUAAUCUAUAGCAGAGCUGAGCGACGGUUGAUUCGAUUCGAUUCAGUUCUUGGUGGCCAACGCGUGCGAGCGGUAGCAAAACGGCAUGCACUCUCGAGUACUACCAUCCAACAUCUGCUAAAGGGCGCCAACGAUCGAGCAGAGGUUUGAGGACCUGUUGAUCAGACUUUUCGUGCAUCGUAGUCACCCAUGCAAACGAGUUAAUCGUCGAGUAGGUGCUGUACAAACAAAACAAACAAAUCUGGAAUCUUUGCUCCGUCGUGAUAAGAAAAAAAUCGAAAUCAGAACGUUAGUACCUACGUAGUUGUAGUAAAAAUCCACACAAAAGUGGCAAUAAUCCCCGCGAAAAUUAAGCCUUGAACAGUGAGAGUGGUUCACCGUUAACGAAGUGUAUCGUGUACCGUGUAGUAUUUAUUUAAUUUAUUUUAACCUCAAAGUGCAAUUAGUUCGUCUCAGUCUAUAUCAGUGUCAGUAGUUCUAUCUUAAGAAGAUGGAGAAAAGUGUGAUGAAAACUACUGAUGGUCGCAUCAUAACGACGUACGAGUUCCCGCUUAGACCGGAAAAGCAGCCCUUUGGGCAGUUUUUGUACGAUAGUAAAACCGGCCAAGUGCUAGGACGAACCUCCAAAAGCUGGGGACAGCUUAUGCUAUUUUACUUUUGCUUCUACGUGGUACUAGCAGCACUGUUUGCCAUCUGUAUGCAGGUACUUCUCUCCACCAUGAACCACCAGUAUCCCAAAUGGCAACUGGAUGCCUCACUGAUAGGGACCAAUCCCGGUCUGGGCUAUCGACCCAUGCCAGAGAAUAUCCAAGAAGGUGCCAUGAUUCACUAUACCGCUGCCAAUAAAACCCAGGUGAAAGAAUGGGUCAAUCGGAUCAACGACUUCCUGGCACCAUACCGGGACCAGACAUUGCUUCCAGGUGGAGGUAAAAAUCAAGCCAUUUGUGACUUCACCAACGCACCAGCUCAGGGAAAUGUGUGCGCCGUCGAUGUGACGAAACUUGGUCCAUGCAACAUUGAAGAGGGAUACAGCUACAACAAAUCAGCUCCUUGCAUUUUCAUCAAAUUGAAUCGCAUCUACGGAUGGGUUCCAGAAUUUUACGACGAUAUCAAUGAUCUGCCCGAUGACAUGCCAACCGAUUUGAUCGACCACAUCAAAUCUCUGCCGGAACAAGAUCGCAAACAAAUGUGGGUGUCUUGUAAUGGCUUAGCUCCAGCGGAUGUCGAAUCGAUCGGCCCGAUCGAGUAUUUCCCACACCGUGGUCUCCCCGCAUACUACUACCCCUACACCAACCUACCCGGUUACCUCAGUCCAUUGGUGGCGGUACACUUUGCACGUCCAGCAGUGAAACAAAGUGUCAACGUUGAGUGCCGUGUGUGGGCUAAGAAUGUCAUCUAUCGUGGAGGAAUGCGUGAUCGACAAGGAUCGGUAAACUUUAUUCUGCUGAUCGAUUAGGGACUUGGACGGAACGGGUAGCUUUCAUGUUGUUAUUCGAUGUAAGACGAUGGAUACGAUUCGGAUUAAAAAAAAACGUUAUGCGGACCAAACAUUACAGUAGCACACGCUAUCCGACUCGUAUGUUGUAUAUUAUUUCUUCAUAUAAGUUGUUACUGUUUAAUUCAUCAGAACAUAGUACUUUUGCCACGUUCGUGAUGGCCAGUUUGCAUUACCAUGUAAUUUAUUGUAAAGCCAUAGCAGGAAUAUCUCCGAAUCACUUGGAGUAACGAUCGCAGACAAACCGAGAAUAGUUGACUAACAGUAGAAGAAUCGUCGAGGAUUAAUGCCAACAUAUUUACUUAAUUGAGAUGUGAUUUGAGAUGUAUUAGAACAAUGAGAAUGGGAAUAAAUUAUGCGUAUUAAGGA